GCAGAUCUCCUGAGUGUGCCCGCGCUUCUCACUGCUCAUGCCGCUGGGACUGGGGCGGCGGAAAAAGGCGCCGCCUCUGGUGGAAAAUGAGGAGGCUGAGCCAGGCCGUGGGGGGCUGGGCGUGGGGGAGCCGGGGCCCCUGGGUGGGGGUGGGGCAGGGGGGCCCCAAAUGGGCCUGCCUCCCCCUCCCCCAGCCCUGCGGCCCCGCCUCGUGUUCCAUACCCAGCUGGCCCACGGCAGUCCCACGGGCCGCAUCGAGGGCUUCACCAACGUCAAGGAGCUGUACGGCAAGAUCGCUGAGGCCUUCCGGCUGCCAGCUGCUGAGGUGAUGUUCUGUACCCUCAACACCCACAAAGUGGACAUGGACAAGCUCUUGGGAGGCCAGAUCGGGCUGGAGGACUUCAUCUUUGCCCACAUCAAGGGGCAGCGCAAGGAGGUAGAGGUGUUCAAGUCAGAGGAGGCGCUGGGGCUCACCAUCACUGACAACGGUGCCGGCUAUGCCUUCAUCAAGCGCAUUAAGGAGGGAAGCGUGAUUGACCACAUCCAGCUCAUCAGCGUGGGUGACAUGAUUGAGGCCAUCAACGGGCAGAGUCUGCUGGGCUGCCGACACUACGAGGUGGCCCGUCUCCUCAAGGAGCUGCCCCGAGGCCGCACCUUCACGCUGAAGCUCACAGAGCCCCGCAAGGCCUUUGACAUGAUCGGUGUACGCUUAGGGGGCGGCCGCCCUGGCUCUGGCCCCCAGCUGGGCACUGGCCGAGGGACCCUCCGGCUCAGAUCCCGCGGCCCUGCCACAGUAGAGGAUGUGCCCUCAGCCUUUGAGGAGAAGGCGAUUGAGAAGGUAGAUGACCUGCUGGAGAGUUACAUGGGCAUCAGGGACACGGAGUUGGCGGCCACCAUGGUGGAGCUUGGAAAGGACAAAAGGAACCCGGAUGAGCUAGCCGAGGCCCUGGAUGAACGGCUUGGUGACUUUGCCUUCCCUGAUGAGUUCGUCUUUGAUGUCUGGGGUGCCAUUGGGGAUGCCAAGGUCGGCCGCUUCUAGGCCCCCUUCCAGACCCCUCAGUGACCUGGCUCUGCUGGGUGGGAGCCCCCAGUGGGAGGGCCACCAUGGCCUGGACCCCAGCAUCCGGCUUGGACCUUGCUCAGCAGCCCAAGGAUGAUGCAGAGUGGAGGUGGGGCCGGGCCUCCGCCCCACUCCAAUCGGUACCACCCCUCCCCAGCUCCCACCCUGGCUGGGGUCCCCGGUCCCCCCCUUGCCCUGUUCCCCACCUACCUCAGCCGGGUCAGGCGCAGGGGGUGGGGGGGGAGGGACCAGCCAGAUUGGGUGGCCACCCCCGCCCCCAACACUUUCCGUAUCAGCUGCCAAACUGGUCUCUCAUCUCCCUGGGGCCUGUUUGGGGGUCGUGACCUCCCUAGUUUCCUGCUGCAGGGAAAGCAGAAGGGGGGCAUCCCCCCUCAGCAAAUGCAAUAAUGCCCUCCCCCCCCAUGCCCCACCCAGAGAGGAGCCCCCUCACCUUGGAGUCUGUUAUCUCCGCAUUUGAAACACUAGUCUGCUGUGAACCCCAACCUCCCUCCCUCCCCUGCCCUCUGUGUCGCCCACAGCCCAGCCCCAGACAGAAGGGGCAGGAGGGACAAUGGCGGUGGGCUUUUGUAUCUGAAUUUGCUGUCUUGAACAUAAAGAAUCUAUCUGCUGUUGGA